AUGAACUUCUUCAAGGUGGUCAAUGGCAGUAUACCAUUAGCACGUACAUGUGCAUCCUCACUAUUCCUCAUACACAAACCCCAACUCACGCUAAGACCACUCUCCUCAUCCACUACACUUUUAUCCACCAACAAAAGAAACAACAAAAACUACGACAAGUUUUACAAGAUUUUGAAAUACACCAAACCAAUCGAUGAAACACAGUACGAAAUAGGCCAAGAACAUCCUCGAGGUUUGCGGAUCCCCCAGCAUAUACCUGAAUUCCCUAAAUACAAAUACGAAGCACGUUUCUUCAAAAGACAAAACAGAGGCUUGUAUGGUGGAUUACAACGGAAACGGUCCAAAACAUGUUCAGAAUAUUUCAACAAGAAUCUUAGGGCUCAUAAACCCAAUAUACGUCGUGCCAAAUUAUGGUCAGAAAUUUUGGGUAAAAAGAUCAAUGUCAAAGUUUCAACUAGAGUAUUGCGUACAUUGACGAAAGAAGGUGGUGUUGAUCCAUAUUUACUUAAAUCGACUCCGGCAAGAAUCAAAACUAUGGGGUUGACUGGCUGGAAAUUGAGAUAUCAAUUGUUGCAACAACUAGAACAAAAAGAAAGGGGAUCUGUUGAGAUCAAUAGUGGGGAGGAAGUAAGGCCGGUUACUUUCAUACAUCCUGUUGAUGGUAGGAAAUUUGUUGCAACCAAGCAAGAAUUGUUGGCAGUAUUGUUUGAUUUGGUACAAAGAGAUAGUUAUUACCCAAUUAAACCAACGGAAUUUGAAAAACAGUAUUCAUGGUUGUCAAUGAAGGAGAUUGUAAAUAGAUUAGAUGCUUAUGGGUAUGACUUUACUGGUCAAGUUGUGUAA